AAAUUCCAUAGGGUAUACAGCUACAAUAAGUACAUAUAAUUUAAAUCUUACAUCCUCGUACGAGUUUUAAAAGUACACGAGACACUCCCACAAAUGUUUUCAUAUAAAUAGGAGCAAAAGUUUUUGUUUGAACUUUUUCGUAAAAGUUUAUCAAUAUAAACUCGCUUUCGACUAGUGGUUUUACGCACAAAACAGAUGCCUUCUAAAAAGAAGAAAUACAACGCGCGCUUUCCAGCGGGGCGAAUCAAAAAAAUCAUGCAAACAGACGAGGAAGUGGGAAAAGUAGCUCAGGCCGUACCUGUUAUUAUCUCUAAAGCAUUGGAAAUGUUCAUUGAAUCCCUCCUAAAGAAAUCCAUGCAUGUAACAUUAAGUAGAAAUGCCAAGACAUUGACUCCGUCCCAUAUGAAGCAAUGCAUUCUAUCAGAAAAUAGAUUUGAUUUCUUAAAGGAUUUAGUUAAAAAUAUCCCAGAUGCUAGUAUACAAGAAGACAAUGAGAACAAUGCAUUAGCAGAGUCAAAUUUGAACUUUGGAAUCAUUCCAGAUGAGCCAGGCACCCUAGUUGAGGCCAAGCCUCCACCUUCAAAAGAACGAAGAAAAAGUGAUGCACCUUCUGCCAAAAUUGGCCACUACUCAGAGCACCAAAGUACAUCCAGCCGUCGAACUCCCGUAAUCCAGUUCGGCCCUAAAGUGACACGACAGCCCCCUCCAGAUCUGCAACACUAUAGUAACUUCUCCGUAGAAAAUAUAAUUUACAGUAAUCCGGUGUCUCAGAGAGAACAGCCCAAAUUGGAUGUGACGAUAGCUUCACAAGAACUGACUGCUCCCAAUUCAAAUCACACUAUUACAAGAAGUGAACAGCACGAUCCUGCCAUGCCUCCCUUGGCUCCUUUGUCCAUAGCAAGUACGUGCAGUCAGAGCGGUGCAGUGCCUGGUGAUAAUUUAUGCAUUGAUGAGGACUAUGAUAAUUAGCUAUUUGAGGUUAAGUGCUGUCGCACUUUUAAGACUACUUUUUUAUUUUUAUUAUUGAGAAAGUCUGAUUUCAGUGUAUUUCGUACAGGCUUCUGCCGAUUAUAGAAAAAGGGUUAUCUUUCUUCUAAAAGAUAUUAAAUAACCUUAGUUUCCAAAAAGGUCUAUAGCAUAUAUCCAUGCAGGUCUUAUUUUUUGUCAGUCGUUAGUAGCCUAUGAAAAAAGAUUCAAAAUGAAAAUGUAGUCAUACACAAAAAGCUGUACGAACAACGAGAACAAAGUUAGAGGGCGCAAAAGUCACCAAAACAUGUAUUUUUAGUCAAUUUUGGAGUGUUUUUGGCGCCUUAUAAUUUUGUUAUGGUUGGUUAUAUAGCAGAAAAUCAAAUUUAGAAAAAACGCUUAAAAGAACGGGAGAUACGGAGACGACAACUCACGACUGCCGAAAAACAAACCCUGCAUGUUUUUUUAAAAUUUUAAAUGCAGAAUUAUUUAUUGUUUAAGCUGUAGUCGGAAGAGAAAUCCGCCUACGUUUUAAAGCAAAACUUAUUUUUAUGGUUCUAGAAAAAUUACAUAAUUUAUUUAGCACUUAGAGAACGGUUGGAAUUUUGCCUAUACUAAUUUUUCGUCCCAUAUUUGCUAAAAUUAAUUUGAUCAGCUGUUGAAGCAUCCAAACUCUGAUAAAAAAGGAAUAAAAUUCCAGGGCUGAAGGUAUCUAGUGGAAAAUACCGUAUAAGCCUGUAAUAAUUGCGCUGUAUUUUUAUCCAGAGAAACAUUUUAAUUGAAAAAUUAUGUAUUAUAAAAAAGUGUAAUUUUAGCUUAAUUUAUUACUAUGCUUUUUCAUGUUAUUAUAUAUAACAUAUAGUCUUAAUUAAGUUGUAAAACUGAAGAAAUUCAUUAAUCAGGUAUUCAAAUCAACCAUUUGUAUUUUUAUUAGAUUUAAAUUAUUUUAAUUUUUGCCAAAUGUAGUAUAUUUAUUAUCCUGUAUAUUUUUCGAGUUUUGACAAUAAAAAAAAAUCGUUUUUAACA